AUGGGAAACCUCCCAGCAGGGGCUACCCGCGUAUCUCCUUCUCUGCCUUCGGAUCCUCGUCCAUUUCCACCUCAAAAGCGCGCGGGGGCUUGCCAACCCGCAGUUGAUUACCAGUCAAAGCUUCUUCAACAGAACACCCAGGACACUACCAUAAACUCGUGGGAGCUGACGCCAAACGUUAUCUUCCCGAAUCUUUACCGCACCAUUUAUCAUUUGGCUUCGCGUCUCGCGACUGAUCCCAAUAUCUAUCUACAAAGACUGCCAUAUCAAUCUGUGAUUACGGGUCACGGAGGUCCAGAAAAGAUUGCCCAGAUGUUGCUGGAGUGGGUUGAUUCUCAUAUUAGGACGCUUGAGGGUAGACUGCUUCGGACGGAGGACCUUCUCAGUGCGCAGGCACGUCAGAAUAACAUUUGGGGCCCAGAUGGAGGUUAUGUGGACAUCGUCACUGACUUGAGGAACAUAGAAUAUUGGCGUGCGUACCCCGGUCAGUCUAAGGACCCAUCAGAACGUAUCAAAAUCCACAAUCGACAAAUUCUUCGCGGAUCGACGAGUACAUUGCACUACUAUGUCAUUUCGCAAGGACAAGGAUAUCGAGCAGCGAACUGGCUUAAGCUCUGGGAAGUUCCAAAGGGUCUCCAACUAUCAUCCGCCUUUCGAGCUGUGGCUCUCAAUGUCCUAGAAAUGACGAUGUGUCGCGCCUUUCAAUCACUCCCUGGAAGCAUUUUAGAGGCUUACUAUGGACCAAACGAGGAUGGAAAAUAUUACUCCAAUCUGGGAUUGAAUAUUAUUCCUCCUGUUCUCCAAGGUCUCUCUCUCGGGCCUUCAGCACGAAAAUCCUUCUCUCUUAGCUUGAAAAUAUCAGCGGACCCCGACAUCAAGAGGUGGCCCCAAUUUCGCUACGAGUACGGAAAAAAGUUUGAGAAAACCCCAAUCCGUUUUCAGCGAUCCUUAAUGCGAUCCUCUGAUUUCCAUGCGCGUUUACAAGAAGCGGUUCAGCAUUUCCGGCUAGACCAGUCCUUUUGUGGAAAUGAGUCUCUACCACACUCGGCCUUAACCAAGUUCGAGCUUUUUGACCUGUUAAAAAGGAACUUGGAUCCAACAGGGUUUCCCUGGGCCUCUCCGUACGGAAAUUUCCAAGCGUUGGUUGGCUUCGUACUGGAGGAUUAUCUUGAUACAGAAUCAACAAACUCGAGCGUCACACAGAUAUCUAUUCCGCGCCAAUUCCAGGAUAGUGGCUGGAACAUGACAAACUCUCCUACCUGGGCUGCGAACCCUCUUCUGAGAGAUUUGGCCCAAAUGACGCAACCUUUCCAGUCUAUCCAACAACCAGAAACAAUCUCGUUCAUUCAGAUCAACCGAACAAUUAUCCAACAUAGUGGAUUACAGGUGAUUCUUAUGUGUGGACGCUCGGUGCAACACCUUGUUCUACCCGCAGGGUACAAGGAGACACGCCUUAAGCUAGAAGCGGGGGAGUUUGCUAUGUUUCUCGACAUUGAAAAUGAAGCUAUCAAACGGAUCUACGUUCUGACACCCAAUCCUACUGAUGCAUUUCUACUACGAGAUUGGCGGAAGACCCACAGACUAUCUGAGAUCCUUCAUUUCACAUCGGCUAUUACCCGCACUGGCGGCAUUCCCCCCUACGCUGGUGAUAAUGGAUGUGUCCUGACAAAGGCCAUCCGAGAUUACAUGGAUGAGUGGAAAGGGAUUAAGGAACCGUUGACACUUGAAUCCCUCUAUCCAAUGACUCGCCUUUGGCUUACACGCAGGGGGUUUGCGAAAGAUGAAGACAUCUCUCUCUUGCAAGAAACGGGGGGAGGGGGAGUCUUAGCCAUGCAAUCCUUAUUCUGCUGCAUAUCGGAGAAGCAUCAUUCCCCGAAGUUUGAGAUUGACAAAGCCCAACUUGAAGCUGUUCGGGAGCUGUGUGACAAAAUGAGAGAGAAGCACCCAGUUGAUUCUGACCAUCCUAGUGAUGAUUUAAUCCAAGAUAUCAAAAGCAGGGAGGAAGAAUUGGAAGAUGAUGUUGGGCAGAUUGAUGUUCUCGAAAGAGAACCCCUGGAAACUUCUCGAGUUUGUGUUGAUGACCAUGGAACCUUGGCUCUUGCAAUUGAGACCUCAGUUAUUCCAUGGGAAAGGAAAAAGCCCCGUGCUAAUGCUGGUGAUCGAAGCUUCACCAUAGGAGAUAAAACUCGAGAAGAACUCUUACGAGGCCGCAAAUAUCUCGGAAAUCGGACACUCUUCCUUCGUACGGAAGAUCCCCCACAGGAAGUUAUUGUGAAAGCGGAGAUUGAACCACCCGGCCAGCGAAAUCCAAACGUAUGGGCUCAACAGACGCUCACGACGGAUUCGGGGUCACGGUUGGCUUUUUGCGUUACUUACACAAUGGGUACCGCGGAAAUAUCAUCCUAUGUGACUUCAAAUCUGGUCAGAGAUCUGUACAAAGCCAACUCUUUCGUUCACUGGAUGGAGGGUGAAGGAGUCUCGGACAUAAUCGCAAGGCCAAGGCAGUUUGUUGUCGUUAGUUCAUUGACCAAGACCCUUCCUCGAGGUAUUCCAGAAUCUGGCUCUUUCUACACGGACGACCACACUACCUUGAUUCCUGCCAAGAAGUUCGAACCGCGCAAGAAGCGCAGAAUGGAUGAAGUAUGA